AUGGAGCACUUAAGGAAGGUUUUCCAAGUCUUGCGUGAGAACGAGCUAUACAUCAAGAGGGAGAAAUGUGAGUUUGCACAAUCAAAGGUGCACUUCCUGGGCCAUGUCAUUAGCAAUGGCGAGCUACGCAUGGACGAGGCUAAGGUACGUGCUAUCCAAGAGUGGGAGGCACCUACAAAGGUAACUGAGUUGAGAUUCUUCCUUGGCCUUGUUAACUACUAUCGUCGGUUCAUUAGUGGCUACUCAUCCAAGGUCGCACCAUUGACUGAGUUGCUAAAGAAGAACAAGCCAUGGGUUUGGACGGAGCAUUGUCAAAAGGCAUUUGAAGGCCUUAAGGCAGCUGUAAUAGAGGAGCCAAUCUUGGCGUUACCUGACUUUGCCAAGACAUUUGAGGUGCACACAAAUGCCUCAGACUUCGCCAUUGGGGGUGUCCUGAUGCAGGAUAAGCAUCCCAUAGCGUUUGAGAGCCGCAAGUUAAAUGAGACGGAGCGGCGUUACACAGUACAAGAGAAGGAAAUGACUGUCAUUGUGCAUUGCCUUCGUACAUGGCGACAUUAUCUGCUCGGGUCGAGUUUCGUGGUCAAGACCGACAACAUGGCUACUAGCUACUUUCAGACGCAGAAGAAGCUCACGCCAAAAUAG